AUGUCCGUUUGCGUCGAACAGUCCUUUCCUUCAACCGACGACGACGCCAACGUCACGAACAACGUCCCCCGAGACCGAGACCCCUCCGGUACCGAUAGGCGACAGUCGCGAGACGACUAUCAUGCCAACGCCAACGCCACUGAAGAGUUGACCUCGAUUAUGACAGCCUCUGCCUCCAUCCUUUCAACCAUACUCAACACCUCAUCCAACCCAGUAUCACCCGGCCCAUCAAGCCCACCCCUCGAGCAGGCAAAGAGCAAUGAAUUCGUGCCCCCGACUCGUCCAAGCAGCACGCCCUUCUUACACCCCGAUCAACGGAACUCGGAUUGCUGCACUCCGAUGGCCGACGACGUUGAUGCCUACGGCUACGGAGGCCCGGGCAUCACCACUCCUUCCUAUACUCUCGAGACCCCCGAGGUCACGCCCUCCCUGAAUUUGAAUGACUUACCGGCCGAAAUUCACGAAUGCAUUCUCGACCACCUUUUCGGAUACCGAGUAUCCACAAACUCCAAGAGCUCGGUCGGCAUGCAGAGUGUGACCAAAAGUUGGGGAACCGCACUUCGCCAUUCUCGACGCAGGGAGUUGUCGGAACUUGCUCUCGUCAGUCCCGUCUGGAGGAUCCUCAUCCAAGAGCGCCUAUACCGUCACAUCAAAAUAAAGGCCACUAUCGAAUCGCUAGAGCUGGCCAUGAUGUACUUCAGCGAACACAACCACCUCCGGCACUACGUCAAGCACAUUGAGAUCUGGUUCCCAGUCUUCCAGCCCAAGUACGGUCCGUUGGCGUUGAGCACUACUCUUGCUCUUCCCACGGUAACAAUGGACGGAUUGACAAACGCGACCUACACACUCCCCGCAAACAACUGCAGCCUCGAAGAGGCCUUCACCUUUGUCUCGAUGGCUCUUCCUGACGUCUGUGUCCUGACUAUCGAGGGAGGGGAAAGAAAGAAGGCACCAAAGGUACAGCACAGUUGGCAUAAGCGACCCCCUGGCUGGCAUCUGCCGACCCUUCAUUCGGUUCGUACCUUGGUCACCAAAGGCCAGUGGAACCUGAUGCGCGAAGACUCGGAUUUCUCAGCCUUCCUCGCAGCUCUCCCCAACCUCAACGAGUGGCACGGCUCCUACAGCAAGCCCAAGUCGAAGAGUUACCUGAGCAUGGCCAGCAUUCUACCCAAACUACCCACAAAUCUCACAUACCUCAACUUGUGCCUGGAAAGCGACUACCGGCGGGAGCUCACGUGCCCUCCAUUCUACAUGAAGGUUUCCAACCAGGUUCACUUCUGCUCGAAGCUGGCCGAGGCAACUCCCGCGCUGGAGCAUUUGGCUUACACCGGCCGCGUUUGCAAGAAUUUCUUCAAUAUGGCGGCGAUCAGAUCGGAUUCGAGAACGACACGACUCAAGACGAUUGACCUAACGGUCAAGAAUUGCUGUCGGCCUGUACCUCAGUUCCACGAUUCUGGCAGCGGAAUUCAGGACAUGAACUUUAUUCACUCGUUCGAGAUGCUUGUGUUGGCAGGCAUUCACUCCAUGUCGACUCUCAAGGCUCUGGACUACCUGCGGAUUCGCUUCGUGGACUUGGACUCUCCCGUCCCUCCCUUGAAUCCCUACUUUGUCUUGAGAGACGGCUGGUGUUCCGGUGUCUGGAGCGACAACAUCCUGGCAGAGCUGAAUCGAGUCCGGCCAAACGCAAAGUUUGAGCAGUUGAGCGAGUCGUUCGGCGAGGUUGGUUUCAAUAAAGACGGUCGCAUGAUUAUCAGCCCCGAUUACCCUCGAUCGCGAGUCUUGUCUCUCAAGCUCGCCAACUACGCACUUUUGGCGGGCAGCGUUGCUGCAUUGCCCUAA